AUGAAAAUAUCGCGGUGGUUCGCCCACCCAGGAACACUCCGACGAUCAAGUCAAUCAAGUUAUCUCAAAGAUAGCAGACAAAUAUACAAUUCACAUUCAAAAAUAUUACCAAUAAAAACAUACCAUGUCAAUGUUCAUGCUCCAAAUGAAGUUUAUGAGAGAAGUAGAUUCUGGAAUAUGCUGUACGGGUUAAGAUCUAGCUUCUGUAAUCCCUGGUGUCUAGCUGGUGAUUUUAAUGAGAUACAAAAUCUUGGGGAAAUAAGGGGAUGUUCUAGAAGAGAUAGAGGGAUAAAAGAGUUUAAUCUAUUUAUAGAAAAUAUAGAGCUUCUUGAUUUACCCAUGUUGGGAAGACAGUUCACGUGGUGCAAUUCUAAUGAAGGAGAAAGAUGGAGUAGAAUUGACAGAGUACUUAUGUCAAUGGAGUGGCUAGAAAGGUUGAAAUUAAAGUUAUGGGGUUUAGAGAGAAGUGUUCUAGAUUAUUGCCCCUUGUUACUGGUUAAAGAUGGCAGGGAUUGGGGUCCAAGACCAUUCCAUUUCAUAAACGCUUGGACUCUACAUCUGAAAUUUGGAGAAAUUGUGAAGAAGUCUUGGGAUGAUUCUGCAAUUACUGGCUGGGCAGGUUUUGUUAUUAUGAAUAAGCUGAAGGUUCUAUGUUCAGUUUUGAAAAAAUGGAAUGUGGAGGUCUUUGGCAAUGUUACUCAUUCAUUAAAAGCAGUGGAGGAGGAGCUCCAUGCCAUUGAUCUAGUGGCUAAAUCUAGAAGUCUUAUAGAGAAUGAGGUUAAAAGAAUGAGAGAAGUUCGAAAGGAAGUAUGGUCAUUAAGUAGGAGAGAAGAAUGGUUAUGA